UGCUCUUUGAGGGCUGAGCUCCCGUUGUUUGGGUUGCUGUAGCAGACUUGUCAUUGCUGUGUUUACGCUGGACAGUCAAGUGCAGUGCGGGCGCCGUUCUGUAAUAGCCCAGUUGGCGAGACGGGCGCUAUAACUGGUCCGCAACUCGCUCUCAGGACAACUGGAGAAAACGAGAAGGUCUAUUCACCCUGUUCUGAACUUAAACGUUACCUUCUUACUGUGCAGACAUGGCAGCAGCAACUGUGGUUGAAGCUGAUCCGACGGCGACCGACGGGGGCACAACGUUUUCUGAGGUCCUCAAUUCGAACUGGACAGAAAGUCAAUUGCGAAAGUACCCUUUUCAAACGAGACCUAUCCCCAGAUUAUCUCAUACAGACCCACGCGCCGAGAUGCUAAUAGAUAAUGAGGAGCCUGUUGUCCUUACGGAUACCAACUUGGUAUUUCCUGCACUGAAGUGGGAUGUAAACUACCUGCAGGACAACAUUGGAGAUGGAGAUUUCUCAGUGUAUAUCGCUGAAAACUAUAAAUUCCUAUAUUAUGAUGAAAAGAAAAUGGCUAAUUUUGAGAACUUUGUACCGAAGUCCCAACGAGUUGACAUGAAAUUUUCUGAAUUUGUCGACAAAAUGCAACAAACUCAACAACAUGGAGGAGAAGAAAGGGUGUACUUGCAGCAGACCUUAAAUGACACUGUUGGAAGGAAUAUUGUUGUAGAUUUCUUGGGUUUUAAUUGGAACUGGAUCAAUAAGCAGCAGGCCAAGCGGAAUUGGGGACAAUUAACUUCAAACCUUUUGCUCAUAGGCAUGGAAGGCAAUGUGACGCCAGCACAUUAUGAUGAACAGCAGAACUUUUUUGCACAAAUUCGAGGUCAUAAGAGGUGUAUCCUGUUUCCGCCUGACCAGUUUGAAAGUCUUUAUCCCUUUCCUGUUCACCAUCCCUGUGACCGACAGAGCCAGGUUGACUUUGCAAACCCUGACUAUGAAAAAUUCCCAAAUUUCAAAAAUGUAGUUGGACAUGAAGCUAUUGUGGGCCCUGGGGAAGUGUUGUACAUCCCAAUGUACUGGUGGCAUCACAUUGAGUCCCUUUUAAGUGGAGGAGUUACAAUUACUGUUAACUUCUGGUACAAGGGCGCUCCUACUCCACGGAGGAUAGAGUACCCUCUUAGGGCUCACCAGAAAGUGGCCAUCAUGAGGAACAUUGAGAAGAUGCUAGGAGAAGCUUUGGGAGACCCUCAUGAGGUUGGGCCAUUACUGAAUAUGAUGAUCAAAGGGCGUUAUGAUCAAGGUCUUAGUUAGUUUACUCUCCACUUAACUGGAUGCUGCUGGAUGUCUUUGGUUGUGUGUCUGGUCUGACUGCAGAACUGCCAGUGCAGUGCUUCAGUACGUCAAGCAACCAAUACCUGCUAAUGGCCUUUUAUUCUUUCUUGGCUUAAAACUGGGAAAUUGUUGACUUUUAGGAGAGGUGUUUUAACACAAAGCAGUCAACCUAGUUUUGGUUGAAAUGGAAAGAAUUUAAAGUACCAAAAGCUUAUAAACUAGUGGAUUGGAUUAGAGCCCUUGCCUCUUGCUUCAGUAUAACCUGGCACAGUCGUUGGGUUCAUUUUGUUUCAGAGAGUUUGUUCUGCUUCUGAAAAUUGCUUUGAUGACAUUCAUUCUUUGAUUAUAAAUGAGUUUACAAGCUUGGCGACCAUGGAUAUUCAGUAUUAAUAACAUGGUUUAUAAGAAUGGCCAAAUAUUGUGUUUUACAAACACUGAAGGAGUAUGAGAUCAUUUGUUAGAAGUCGGUUGAUUAAAAUGUAAUUGCUGAACAUUUCUUGUUUGAACAUAGAUUUGAUGGUAUUUUUAUAUAAUUAUUUUGUGUACACUCUUGCUAAAUUUUUGUGUUUUGUUUGUGAUAUAUGUUUUUCCCCAGAAUGUGGUACAUCACAACAGUGCACUCAACUUUAUUUUAACUAUGAAAUAGUUAAAUAUGUUGAAAAUGAAGUGUGAGUGUCUUAGAUGGCACAGGAGCUUCUUAUUAGUUAUACUGAAUGUUCUGUCAAUAUUUAAGUUGAUGGUUUCCCUGUUUUGCCCAUAUUGAUACACAUAAUAUGGUGUAGCAUUUCUAUAAAAUGCAUGGACAAAUACCCAAUUAUGUGUCGCACAAUGCAUAUUCAAAGCCUGAAUCAAAGGCAGUGAAUAAUCAACCAUUUUUUUUUUUGUCAUGAUCACAAACAAAUGUCUAAGUUGGCUUUGUUGACUUUGUCUCACUUGUUUCUGUUUUGCUGUGUUGUAUAAAAGGGAUGUCUGUGUCAACAUUCAGGAAACAGCUGCACCUACAGGACGUACAAGUAUUGGAUUUUUUUUUUUUUUUUCAUUUGAGAUAAUUGACCAGAAUGCUUUGUAUGUUUUUGUUGGUCAAAUCCCACAUCCCACUGGUUGAUGUCCUUAGACGGUUUAUGUACAUAAACACAUAUUAAUAUAUUUAAUAUUGUCUAUUAGAGGGCUGACAAUUAAGUAUGGUUUAAGUUUUAACCAUCCUCAUAGUAAACUUUACUGUGUGCCAAAUACUUUUUUGUACAAACUGCAAAUGGUUCCCAAAAACAAUACCACUUGAGACUAAUGGAAAGGUCAAAUGCAUUUAUCUCUUAUGCACAUAUGCUGGUCUAAGGUUAGGCAUAUUCAUCUGGAAGACUUGUCCUCAGUUAUAUGGAGCAUAUAAGCACUUUUUGAAGUAUCUGAGGGCUUCUGUGUAGUUCUUGUCAAACAAAUAAAAAAAAAUCAGUUUUUUUUUUCUUGCCUGAAUCCUG